UAUUAGGACUACAAUGCCUCAAUUUAUUCAUCAUUAUUCAUCAUUUAUUCACUACACACAUCAUUCUUUACUAGAAGUGAUUCAUGUUCAAUAAACUCACUAGAAAGGAUAAGUUGGCUUAACCUACAAUUUUUCUUUCAGUUCUAUUGAUGACUUAUGUUGAAUGGAUUUAGGAAUGCUUGUCAGGGCACAACUUGUGGGUGUGAUUUUGGCACGAGUUUAAAUGGGAAGUAGCUAAAGCAUGUGAAAAACGGUAGUAAGUGUUGUGUUGGAAAAGGAGCACGAUGGCAUAUCAGUCACCUCCCCUGUGUGCUCCUGCAGUACUCAUGCUGCUGCUCAUGGGAGUGAUUUCCUCCUAUCUGCCUCGAGUCCAAGCCAGACCUCAGGACUUUUGGCGCGGCCCUCAAGCCAAGACACAUAUGAAGAGAACGAUCGAGGAGCUAACAGUCCUGACUACUCAGGCAGCCUGCGUGGGAUCGGACAUGCUGCCCACUCCUGUACAAAUACCAUGUGUUUUUGUUAACACAACAGAAUGGGAAAAUAAAACUCUUCAGCAGAAAUGUGCAGAGGUGGUUUCGACCUUCCAGGUGUUUCAACAUGGUGUUCAAGGAGCGAAGAAUGGGACCACAUCCAAAUGUCAGAUCUCUUUCUUGGAGCAACUGGAGCAUCGCAUCUUAAAUUAUCUGGCUAUCCUCAACAGGCUUCAGAUACAGACGGACACAGUGACUUCAUCUCAUCCUGCAGUACAGAGCUGUUCCAGCCAGACCCACAGUGUAAAAGGAGUGCUGAAACAGUUCGAAAAGCUACUAAAGGGAAAACUGUCGCGCCUCACUGAUGACCUCAAAGACAAUACCAAAAGUGAAAGACAAGGCAACCAAAACCAAGGGACGUGAUAGCUAGUAUAACAAAUGUUAAGUAGCUUAUUUAAAUACUUAAUGCAACAGGAUACCGGGAGAGGACCAGCAUAUUGUGGACUGAGAAGGUCUGUCAUGUUGACGAAGACCUAAAAAGUAAAGCCUGACUGGUUUGGCUAAUGGACGGUUACGCUGGAAACAAGGAUUGAUUCAGGCAUCAACCAGUGAAAGGUUGUGAAAGCUGAAGGAGGUCCCAAUAGUUUUGAAACAAAUCUCCUAAAAACUCCCAAGGAGCAACGGACAUUUUCAGUGAGGAAAAGCUACUAAAAGACAAUAAAACCACUUGCAACUCCUUACUGAAAGAAAAGUAUGUCAGUGGCUUUUAAGCAGUUUCUCCUACUUUAAACAGUUUAUAUAUCUUCUCAUGUGGUAAAUGGACCUGCACUUAUAUAGCGCUUUUCUAGUCGUUUUGCGACCACUCAAAGCGCUUUACACUACAGACUGCGCUCAUUCACCCGUUCACACACACAUUCAUACUGGUGGCAGAGACCACCCUAAACCUGCCACCAUUGGGAAUUCAUUCACACAUCGAUGAACGCAGCAUCGGGGGCAAUUUAGGGUUCAGUAUCUUGCUCAAGGAUACUUCGACAUGUAGGCUGCCAUGGUCAGGGAUCGAACCACCAACUCUCCGAUCAAUGGGUGACCGCUCUACCA